GGCGCGAUAGCCUCCCACCCACCGAAGAACAUUCUGGUGGCUUUGGAAAGUCUCGCUGCAGAAAACGAGGAGGAACUUCUCGAGCUCUCGUCCAAAGUGAACGUGACGAGGGACAUGGAGGAACUGAGGUUCACCUACACGAGCCCCCACCUGCAGGACGUGUCCGAAGCCCCCCUCGUGCUGCGUUCUGUCAAAUCCUUGCUGCAGGAGGGCUGGCGAGACCUCGAGGUGCAGGCCGUGCAGAAAGUCGGGGCUACGAGGAGGCAGAUGGAGCUCAGCUGCCGUCUGCUGGUGCUGGGCCGGGAGUUCGGGGUGCUGCUGGAGGAGAGAUUCGGACACAACCCAGAGCUCCUGAACGCCACCAGGGAGGUGUUUCACCUGCAGCUGGACCUGGUGGAGAGGAAGAGAUACCGUCAAGAGUUGGUGGAGCAGGCGCACUUACUAACCAACUCCAUUGUUGCCCGGAACCGAGAGAUCCAGUCCCUGCAACAAAAGCACAGCCGUAUCCUUGACUUUCAGAGGCUGGUGGACACGAAGCAGGACCUCAUCCGGGCUUUGGUGAAAGGCAACUCGUCCGCCAAGGGUCACUUGAUAACUACGCGAGCAGAGAUCCUCUCAUUCAUGGGCCACGAGCUCCAGCAGCACAAGGACGUCGUCCGUACCCUGACAGAGCAGCUGCACAACUCCAUCAGCAAGGAGGUCGGUCUGUUUGCCUCAGUCUCCCUGCCUUGCCUGGACCGCAGGGUCCUCCACGGGUCACAGAGGGUCCCCGUACACAUGCUGUCGAUCCACAGGAUGGACAGCCCCAUCGACAACCCUCAGUUCUUCCGACGCCUCAAGAACAUUCUGUCAUUCCCCCUGUACAAGGCUCCGGAACACCUGAUCGACGAAGCGGCAGAGAGGAAGAUGGAGAGGGACUCCCUGCGGAUGCUGCUGGACUAUCAGGGGGAAGCAGUGGAGGCCCUGCAGAAGCAGCAGGCGGCCGUGUCGGCGACCGACGCCCAGGUCCUGGUGGAGCAAGUGCGGCAGCUGGACGCCCGCUGCACUGAGGAGGCCGUCCCCGCCGUCCUCAGGAACCUGGAGCAGUGCGAGCAGGCCCUCAACUUCGCCAACACCCUGCGGCGGGAGGUCGAGGACUGGUGGGAGCAGCCGGCUCAGUUUCUGGUGCCCUGGGUGAAGAAGGAAGGGAGGAACGUGCAGGACUGGAUCCGGAGGUGGAAUCAGCUGGCGCAGAGGAGCCUGGGCUUGUCCCGGGACCCCAAGAGGCAAAGACCCACUCCCUGGGACCCCAGCUAAGGCGGACCGCAGCCCUGACUGGCCCCCGUCUAAUUCCCCCCCACCCCCCCAGCACACGGGACCCUCUCCCUGUCCUCUGGGUAGGACGGGGGCCGCUUCCCCACUGCACCGCGCACACCCCUCCACUCCCUCCCCCCCAAACGCACGCCGUCGGUCGGUCCCCGGCGUUCUUUGGGGCCGUGAGAGGACUCGCUCCCCAAUGCGUAACCAUGUUUGGUUGUCCCAAUAAAUGGCAGUCUGUU